CUGCGACGAAAGCAAAACUCUCUCUCGAUCGACGCCGCAACGUGCUCCAUUCAGAUUUAACACUCUCGCAUCUCUCACAUUCGUCGGAGAAGAAUGCACGGUCGUCCAAGGAAGGCUUCUAAGCCAGAAGAGGAAGCAGCUUCAGCUGCUAAAGCGGUUAAGCUUCGGUCUCUCCAGUCUCAGUUUAUGACGAAUCAUCACGAUAAAAUUUAUACCAAGGAAGCUAUUGAGUUAAGUACGAAGCUUCUCGAAAUCAAUCCAGAGGCGUACACGGCUUGGAACUACCGGAAGCUUGCUGUGGAGGAUACCCUUUCCAGAAUUGAGUCUGAUCCAAACUUGGUCAACUCAAUUUUUGAUGAAGAACUCAGAGUGGUAGAAAAUGCUUUGAGGCAGAAUUUCAAGUCAUAUGGUGCGUGGCAUCAUCGAAAGUGGGUUUUGAGUAAAGGGCAUUCCUCCAUAGGGAAUGAAUUGAAACUUUUGGAUAAAUUCCAGAGGCUGGAUUCCAGAAAUUUUCAUGCUUGGAACUAUCGCAGGUUUGUUGUAGAGCUAACCAAGAGGUCAGAACAGGAUGAGUUGCAGUAUACAGAUGAUAUGAUCAAUAACAAUUUCAGCAACUAUUCUGCAUGGCAUAAUCGUAGUGUACUUCUAUCAAGUUUGCUUGCACAAAAUGCUGAUGGGUUUAUGCCAAAUGAAAAGAUUCCUGAUGAAUAUGACUUUGUACAUUCAGCUAUUUUUACGGACCCAGAUGACCAAAGUGGCUGGUUUUAUCAUCUUUGGCUUCUUGAUCAAACUCUUAAUGUGGAGACUCCUCUUCUCACUUCUGCAUGGCCUUCCCAUGGUUCAACUAUCAUUCUAUCUGGAGCUGGGUGCUUGAAUAGCUCUUCUUCUAAGUUCACUACUUUUUGUUCUGAGUCGGGUUCUUUUCCACUGAUUCUCUACUCUGACCAAGCUGUUGGUGGAGUAAGCUCAUCUACUGUUACAAUUGAUUCUGAACUAAAAGGAAACGAGGACCUGGUUUGGGAACCGAUUUCGAAUAAAAAUUCUCAGGUGUCCUGUGUAUGGGUUACUCAUCUGAAAUAUGUCAGUUCAGAUCCUUGCGAAUACAAAGUGAAGAUCAGAGUUGGGAACUCUCCAGGAAUCAUUUCUUCCAGAGGAUAUAACUUCAGCGCACCUUACGAGUUUGUCUUUACAGCCCAUGUUCAUGAUACCGUCGAAGAUUCUCAAGAAGGCAUUGUUUCAUGGACAGAUGGUUUUGAUAUUUGGGAUGCGAAGUCAAAGGAUUUGAAAUCUCUUGUCACCUUGGAUCGGUUAGAGGCUGAGAUAGAUUUUGAAUGGCGUCAGGAAGCUAUAGAUUCUGAGGUUGAAUGUUUCGGUAUACUGGCUGACAGCAAAAUUGGAAAGCUCACUCUUGCAAGGCUUUUGAUGGCUCGUGAAGUUAUGGUAUCGGAUGAUGCUGUUAAGGGUGUUCGCUAUGAAGAAAUCCUCCAGCUGUAUAACGAGUUGAUGGCGCUGGAUUCUUCACAUUACCAGUACUACAAGGAUGAGCACAGCGUAGCUUUUCUCCACAAGGUGACUUCAAGCAGUGAAUCCUUGUCAAGACACCUCUUUCGAUAUAGGGGUAUGAACAAUCUUGUAUGUCUACGGCUGAAUAACUUAUCACUAUCUCGGAUAGCCUCUGUUAAGAAGUUGCUGUUUGUCCAAAUGUUAGACCUAAGUCACAAUGAGCUUCAUUCAACUGAAGGAUUAGAGGCAAUGCAACUUCUCUGUUGCCUAAAUCUGAGUCACAACAGAAUCCGGAGUUUUUCAGCGCUGGACUCUCUAAGACAUGUGAAGCAGCUGAAAGUGUUGGAUGUUUCACACAACCACAUUGGCAAGCACUCAGUGGACACAACCCGGUACCUUUGUUCUUCACCGCUCUCUAAUUCAGAGUGGAGUCAGGAUGGUGUAGGAAGACAGAAUCCUGGGUUGGUCACCAAAUACUGGGAUGCGUAUUUCGUCCUAAGAGAUUUGAAUCUGAAACAGUUAGAUAUAGCAGGAAAUGAAAUUUCAGGGGACGAAUUCAGCUCUUUUGUCCUCCAGGUUGUGCCAAAGCUUGUAUGGCUCGAUGGCCAGAAACUUGGGAAUUAGAUCAUAGGCCAAGUUUUUGUUUACUCUAUUUUUAGAUCAUCAAAUCCCCAAAGCAAUUUGGGUUCUCUUGAUGAUGUUUGUUGUUGUGAUACAUGUCUUAACAAUCUUAUUGAUGACCUUACACAAUUGACUGUGCACCUUUAUUUACCCAAAUUUUGGUUGAUAUUUUCUAGAAGUCUGAAUCUUUUUGUUCAAACUGAAUCUACCCAAAUAAAUUUAGGUUUUGAUUCGAUAA